GAAGAAAUCCGUUUCCUAGUUUACAGGUCCUUGACUUAUCUCAUAAUGGGUUUGUUGGUCAUCUCCCUCGAAAAUAUUUUCAAAGUUUUGAUGCCAUGAAAAAUGUGGUGAAGAGUCACAAAACCCCUGAAUAUUUAGUGGUGGGUGGCUAUUAUUACUCCAUCAUUGUUGCUGUGAAAGGGGUGCAGCUAAAUUUUCCACAAAUUUCGGUUGAUUACACAAUUCUUGAUCUCUCGAACAACAUGUUUGAAGGCCAGAUUCCAGACAUCAUCGGUGAUCUUAGUUCUUUGAUAGUGCUCAACUUAUCCCACAACAAUCUCACAGGUCGAAUCCCACAUGCUCUAGGGAAUCUCUCGGAGAUUGAAUCGUUAGACCUAUCUUGGAACCAUCUCACUGAAGAGAUCCCUCAAAGCCUUGCAGCCUUGACGUUUCUUGCAUUCCUAAAUCUCUCACAAAACCAUCUCGUGGGGCGUAUUCCUGAAGGAAAACAAUUCAACACAUUUGAAGCAAACUCAUUUGGAGGGAAUCCAAAACUUUGUGGGAUUCCGUUGCCUGAAAAGUGUGAGCAUCCACAUGAACAACAACUUGAAGACGAUGAAGAAACAGAGAGCGGAUUUACAUGGAGAGUGGUGAUGUUGGGAUAUGGUUGUGGGACGCUACUUGGAUUGGUGAUGGGAUAUCUCAUGUUAUCGACAGGAAAACCAAAGUGGUUUAAUGCAAUUGCUGAUGCAGGAGCGGAUAUGAUCCAGCCAAGGAGAAACAAGAGAAGAUACAUUUUUAUAGGAAAAUGAAAAUGGCACGUGUUUCAAAGAACGAUGUUCCCUUUAAUGGAGUUUUCUAAAAGAACGAUGUUAAAAUUCAAAUUCAAUAAAAUUGUCUCAAAUGAUUUAA